CAGGUAUAGGCUACUUGCCGAAGACUUAUCAGCUGGGAACAGGGCUACUCGUCUGCUGCUCGUCAGGAAAAUGGAUCUAACGCAAGAGUCCAUUAUGUCCAUAUUGGUAGAGGAGGGUGGAAAGGUGAAGAAUUCAGACAUUCUGAGUAAGUUUCAAACGUUACUUAAUUCUACUGAUCCAGUUGAAAAGAAACAAAAUAGGGAUCUAUUUAAGACACUUAUCAACAAUGUCGCAAUCGUGAAGGAGCUGGAGGACGGCAAAUAUGUAGUUCUUAAAAAGAGACAUCAGUAUUUAUUGAAACAAAUUAGUCCUGAAAAUGACGACAGUGACAAUGACCAGCUGAAGGUAGAACAUGAACCGACUUCAAAAGACAAGACAGAUAAAGUCCAAGAGCGCAACUCAUUUUUUCCGGAUGGGUUUGAUCGUGAGGACGCGGAACAUUCUUCUGAUUCAAACACUGAUAGAAAUACUUCCUCAUCUAAUGAACAUUCACCUAUACAGUUGGCACUACACAGGUCCAACGUAGGCCUAGGCCCAGUUGACAUAAAACCAAGAAAAUGUCUCAGCUUUGUCCGAAAACAAGUGAUUAGUUUAAACGAGUCAUCAGGACAAAAGGUUUUUCCUGUCCAGGCUACCGCAAACACCCACAAGCCCUGUGCACUUCCAUUAAGGCUACCAGCUACACAGGCAACAACUGAUCCCCAGAGUCGAAUCACAAAAGACACUAGUAGUCAAGAGGGAGACAACACCCCAAGAAACAAGAGGAGACCUUCUGUGGAGGGUGUGGUGCUCAGUUCUCCGCUGCUGAGGCGCGGCUUUAAGAAUGCCAGACCCUCAGAUGAGCCCAAGCACACUGUGUUGGUACCACUGGAGCGUAAUGAACAUGAGUGGCUGGUUAAAUCAGCCGCGGGACAUUGGGACCUGGUCUACGGCCUCCUGCUUAACGAUGGCCACCUAGCACAGAAGAGGGACUUCAUGUCCGGCUUCACUGCCCUGCACUGGGCCGUCAAGUGUGGCAACAGCAAAAUGGUCACCAAGAUCAUUGAGGUGUCCAGGAAAGUUGGCAGUGGGGCCGAUGUCAAUGCCAAGACCCAUGGUGGAUACACACCGUUGCACAUCGCAGCAAUACAUGAUCAGGAGUACAUCAUGACCCUACUGGUGCGAGAGUAUGGGGCAGACGCACGCAUCAGGGACAACUGUGGCAAGAGGCCGUACCACUACCUGCACAAAGGGGUGUCCGAAGCCGUCAGGGAGCUGCUGGGGAUGCCCAAGGCCAUCCAACAGGCGGCGGCAGUGGUGGCGGCUCCGGGGAAGGAGGAAGCGGAGGGCACACUCCACUCGACACUCACCCGCCUGUUCCAGCCCCACACCAUCGGUCACCUCAUGCUGAGGCCCAGACACAGGGAGGUGUUCUCCUCAGUCACAGAGGAGCCACUGGAGGUGUGAAGCAGGAACCACCUCAGAACCACCACAGAGCCUCUGCUUUCCGUCAUGGAAGUUAUGAAAAGCUCUUUGAGCUUUGACCUGCAUGCCAUGUAUGAAUGCCGCAUUCAAUGUUCAUUAUUGUAAUUAUGAUGACGGCAAUCAUGAAUAUGUUGAUGAUGAUUAUUGUUAAUAGUAGUAGUAGCAGUUGUAGUAGUUGCAGCAGUAUAGUAGUGUAAUAGUAGCAUUAGUUAUUAUUAUUGCAUCUAUGGGGAUGUCGUGGCCUACUGGUUAGGGCUUCAGGCUUGGAACUGAAGGGUUGCGGGUUCGAUCCCGACCAGUGGGAACGGCUGAAGUGCUCUUGAGCAAGGCACCUAACCCCUCACUGCUCCCCGAGCGCCGAUGUAGCAAGGCAGCUCACUGUUCCGGGUUAGUGUAUGCUUCACCUCACUGU